GGAACGGAGCGGAACGGAGCGGAGCGGAGCCGCCUCCCGGCUGCUCUGGGCAUGGAGGACGCGCACCGGGCCGCCCGCCUGGCCGCCUCCUGCCUCCGCACGCCGCUCGACCCGCGCACACGGGCGCCCGCCGCGCUCUACGAGCGGGGACCGCCGCCCGCCGCCGCGCAGGAUGGCUUUGACUUGGAUUCAAAUACCAAGAGAGAGCAGGCCUCCCCUCCAAAGAGAGACUGUGACAAGUGGACAGACUUUUCCAAAAUGCACAAUUCAAAUCAGGAGUAUUACUUGAAGUUGGAAGAGUUGAAGAAUGCCCACAUGGAGACCAUGGCAAAACUGGAAAGUAUGUAUCAGAACAAGCUGUAUUUAAAAGGAGUACAAGCCUUGGAUAAGACAAAUGACACUUCUCCAAAGUGCUGUAGGCCAACUUGGGACAAGAGUUCAUAUCAGCCUCUUAACCUGCACAAAUCCUUUUCAGACUCAGACUUAAGCGAUCCCUUGGGCUCGAGCGUGUCGGACGUGUCUGAUGAAGAAUUAGUGUUUGAAGAGAACGGCAGCGAAGCUGGCUCAUCCUCCUUUGCCAAACAGCAGAUUGAAAAAAUGUGGGAUGGGUUCUGCCUGGAAGACUACAUGUCCCGUGCCAAGCACAGCCUGCCCAGCUCGCCAGCCUGCAGGAAAGCGAAAGUGAAAGCGUGGUCCCCCAGAGUCACCGUGCCCAAGCCCUUCCAGAUGACCAUCAGAGAAGCUCAGAAGAAAGAGCAGAACGUCAAAUCCAAGUCACAGAUUGAGCUGGAAAACCACUUGCUGAAGAAGCAGCUGGAGGAGGAAGCAGAGUGUCAGAAAAAGUUCCGAGCCAAUCCCGUGCCCGCCACCGUGUUCCUGCCGCUCUACCGGGACAUCGUGCGGCGGAACGAGGAGCGCAGGAGGACUGUGAGGGAGAGGAGCAAGCUCAGGCUCCUGGCCACCCAAAAGCCCUUUAAGUUCAUUGAGCGAGAGAGGCAAAGGCGUGAAGCCAGGAAAAUGCAGUUAAAAGACCUUUCCCCACCUGACAAUAAAACCAAAGUGUUCAGAGCGAAACCAGUCCCCAGAUGUGUUUAUAGUCCAGAUUUCCAUGACAAGGUAAAGGAGGAGGAGCUCUGCAGGGAAAUCAGGAUCAGGAUGAGAGCUGAGGAGCUGCUACAAAAUUCGUCUGUACCCAACAGCAGACUGGCCUCAAAAGAGACCAACAAAAAGAAGAAACACAAGAGCACUGAACCAAAGCAAACGGAGCACAAACUCAAGAUCAAAUCGAGCGUUCCCGAUUUUGAACUCCUACAUGAGAAAUUCCAGAAACGCCUCCUGCGCCAAAAAAAAGUGAAACCCCUCACGGUCUGUGAGCCUUUCGACCUUUGUACUUCGUACAUUCCCUCAAAAAAGGACAAGAUCUUGAAGGACAUGCAAGAGGAUGAGGAGAAGUUGAAGGAAACACGGUGGCCCUUUGCCUCUCCGAGACGGAAGCCUCAGAUGGGGCAGUCAGGGGUAAAGCCACCUCUCCUGGCAGAAGGAAAAUCCAGAGCUCCCAAAACCACAGAAUCCACCAGACGACGGCUGCAAGCCCUAAGGAAUUCCCUCGAGGAAAAAAGAAAGCUGGAAGAACAACAAAAAAGGAACAGAAACAAGCAGAAACAAAGAACGAAAAAAUUCCAGAAAAUUGUGAUGGCUCGGGCUGAGGCCAAUGACCCACAUCAGAGCCUAGCUCAGAUGUCUAAACCCAGAUUAAAAACAUUCAGGAACAACGAGAAGCAGAGAAGGCAGGAAUAUUUGCAAGAAUUGCAAGAAAUGGAAGAAAGAGUAAAACAAAUGCCACUGCUUUUUGAAAGAGUCACUCAGAGAAAUGCCAGAAUAGCUGCAGAAAAGUAUUAUUCAAACAGACUGAGAGCACUGGGGAUCUGCCCAGAGUUUGUUUCAAAGAAAGGAGGAGCAGCCAAAUCACUGCAGUUCUCCACUGCUGGAGAUGUCACCUCCAUUGCUGGCAGAGCAAGAGUCACCAAGGUUAAAAUGAAAAAGAUGGAAUUAUUUGAGGAAGCAGCUGGUGGCCGUUCCCAGUCUGAGCAGUCCUGGGAGGAGGAGGAGGAGGAAGAGGAGGGUAAAGGUGUCAAAACCUCCACCCCAGAUGAGCAGGGCAGUGACCUGGAGGAUGGGGGUGAGGCCAGAGGCAGCCCUGGUGUCCUUGAGCCUGAAUCCAGCUGGCACAGUGACCAGGAGGAGGAGGAGGAAGCCAAGGCAGACCUGUCACUUGGCCAUUCCCAGGAGGAAGAGGAAGAGGAGGAGGAAGAGGAAGCAAAGGCAGGCCCAUCAUAUGGUCAUUCCCAGGAGGAAGAGGAGGAGGAAGAAGCAAAAGCAGGCCCAUGUCUGGACCAUUCCCAGGAGGAGGAAGAGGAGGAGGAAGCCAAGGCAGGCCCAUCCCGUGGUCAUUCCCAGGAGGAGGAGGAGGAUGAGUGCAGACCCAGGUCAGAUGGGUCCCAUGAAGAGGAAGCUCAGUCUGACCCUGAAACUGAGGGUGCUUUCCAGUAUGAGGAUGAGGAGUAUGAGAGUGAUGAUUCUGAGGAGGAGGCCAGUGAUGAGGAAGGACACUGAGGAAGGGCUGGGGCUCAGGAACCUCUUCCACUGCUGGCUGUGCUUUUUGAAGCACUUUUUGUAUUAACAGUAUUGCUUCCUCCAGAAACCAUCCCCUCCUGUCCAGAAUUACCACAACACCAAGCAGGUUAUGUUCCCUUUUCCUCUGAGGAAAAAAUUAUUGCAUCAUGACCUUUUACAGCUGCUCCAGAUGAAGAGAAUAACAAAAGAAUUCAAAUUCUUGAAGGAAAUGUUUAAACCCAUCCCUGGUUUGGAAUUCAUUCUGUUCUUGAAUCCUCAAGGCUUCUCUCAUGGCAGCAAGCAAAACAUUUGCCUGAGCUUGGCAGGUAAUAGGCACUCUAAAGAUCAAGGUAUAUUGGUAAAAACUUUAUCAGACACCAGAGAAGAACUUGGUGCUUUGCUACACACCCAAAAUUCUGUGAAUUUGUACCUCUCAGUUUAGGAGACCUGCCCCUGCAGGAAUUCUGUUUGUUUUCCAGUAAGAAAGCUCAAGCUGCUACUAUUCACCAAGAAAAUCAUUUACUUUUGUAUUACUCUUCUUUGUUGCACUCUUCUGUGACAUUGGUGCACCUCUGUUCCUAAAGUGAGCUGCAGCCUCACUGUUUGAUAAUAAUAAAUAAUAAAUUACACAGGGUGCUGUGCAAGUGCUGAAGCUCCAGUCCAGCUCCUCCCAUGGGCUGGCAAAGCCAGGGCAGAUUUUGGAGCAGCAAUUGCCAUUUUAUCCCUGGAAAAGGGGGAUCUU